UUGUAUUCGCAUUUUCGCACUAUUGACGAACACGUGAUGAAAAAUUCAAAAUGGCCACUGUAUUGUAUUGAAGGGAUUCGCUUGACAGUUAAACAAUUAAAUUCUUCGUUUCUCCCGAGACUUCUGAUGCAUUCACCAAUUCAGCUUGUGAGAAUUUCCAUCUCGAAAAAAUUCCACAUCUCCUCGAACCAUGAACGAGCCCAUACAGUCCACCGAGGACUCAUACCUCACUUGUGAGAUCAACGGUUCCCAGUACAUCCUCCAGACAGCCCCCAGCCCUCCAGAGGCUUUCAUAAAUAUCGAAAACCUGGACGAAGACUCAACAACAUUCGCUCCGGCCUUGGACGCUGAACGAGAAGUGGAAUCAGAUCAAACGAACGACAACGAAGAGGAGGCGCUUCCCCUGGUGUGCCUCGGAGGCCAGAUCUACGCAGUGAAGGACGGCCAACUUCAAGAGCUCAGUAUUACCCCUCUGCAAUCAGGAGCGUUGUACGUCGAAACCUCUCAAAGCCCUGAGAAACUCUCUCCACGACUCAUUUCAUCCAGAAAAAAAAUACUUGAAAAGCCCCUAAAGCUACCAGUCUCAUCUGAUUCCUCCCAAGAAGCGCGAAAUCCGAAACAAAAUCAUGAAGAGGAAUUCCAUGAAGAACUGGUGCUGGAAGAAUCCGAGGGAGACAACCAGGACUUCCAGGAGAAGGAGCUCAACGCUAACGACUUCAUUGAAGUAGUGACGGCCUUCAAAUGCAAGAUCUGUCCAUACACGACUCAGGAUCGUUCCGAGCUUCUCAAACACUUCAAGAAGACCCACACGAACCCUUCAGUGAGUUCGCUGGAUUCUCUGAAAAUCGACGAUGUGAAGCUUAUGUACAUGUGUGGUGAGUGCUCCAAUUGCUUCCCCUCGAUGGAGACAUGUCGAGAGCACAUGAUCAAGGACCACCAGCUAACAGACAACCCUUCAGAGUCCCCAACCCUCAAGCCCCUGAGUCCAAAAGAGGAAGAACCUGAAGUGAAACAAAACGCCAAAAUCAAGGGCUCAAAGCUGAUGGAGGUCAGAGAGAAAAACGUUCGAUGCAAGUAUCGGGGCUGUGUCCACAAAUUCAGCUCCAAGGAGCUCAUGCAGGAGCACGCCAACUGCCACAUGGACUCGGGAACAGUGAACUCGUACAAAUGCAGUAUCUGCCAAGACGUGAAGUUCGUCAAGUGGAGGGGCUGCCUCAUUCACCUCUGGAAGAAACAUCAAGUGGAUAUCGAUCUUCUUUCCUGUCCCAUCUGCAAGGACUACAAGACUGCCACGAUGAUGAAGCUGUCGUCUCACAUGAGGGUGCACAGUGACGAUAGAGACUUUGAGUGCCCCCACUGUGGCAAGAGGUUCAAGCAGUCCAGUCAACUGAGGAAUCAUCGAGUGCUCCAUUUGGACAGAAAAUCAGGGGAAAUUCCUAGGUGGUACACGUCCAAGACCUGCGAGAUGUGUGGGAAAACGUACGCCGAUGCCAAAUGUCUGAAGAAUCACAUGCAGGCGGUGCAUUCCAAGCUCAGGCCCUACGUCUGUAAUAUCUGUGGCCACUCGAGCUCCAGAAAGGCCAUGUUGCAGAUGCAUCUCAGGCAGCACACGGGGGACAAACCCUUUAAUUGUGAUCUCUGUGAAUUUAAGACUGGGGAUCACAACUCGCUGAGGAGACACAUCAUGAGGCACACUGGGGUGAGGCCCUACAAGUGCCCUCACUGCUCCUACUCUGCUAUACAGAGUAAUAGUUAUAAGAAUCAUCUCAAAGCGAAGCAUCCGCAGUCUUCGGGGAUCUUCACUUGUGAAUUGUGCUCAUUCAGGACGGUUAAGAAGGAGAGCUAUCUGGAACAUGUCGGGGGACAUGAGAAGGGACUCAUCAAAAGCACUGUGAGGAAGGGAGACAAGGAGCAAGAUUCCAACAACGUUGAAGUAUUUCCUGGUAACAUCGCAGCAGCUCAGCUGAUCUACAGUUGCCUAGGAGCAUUCUCAAAGGUUGGAAAUACUAUCGAAGCGAGUUUAAUGUCUUCCUCAACAUCAGCUGACGGGACGUCCCAGACCAUCACCAUUCAGAUACCCUCGAAACACCUUGAGGGUUCUCUACCAAUGUCAGAUAAUUCCAUCAAGAAUUCAUCGACGGUGAUCGAGCAGGAAGAUGACGAGACCAUGCACUGCUUCCUCAAAAUUCCCCACGAGGAGGAGGAGAAUAUUGACACUGGGGGUAUCACCAUUCCAGCUGAACUCGAUGACGGUGAUCCGCAGAUUUUGAACGUUGAGUCUUAAUUAGGACACAUGAAUAUAGGUGAACAUUUUUUUUUCUAAAGUCGCCCACUAUUUACUAGUCACUAUUUUUUACCGUUGUUAUCGAAAAAGGAAAAAAAGAAAAAAAAACAAAGAGAGAUUUUCAGAGAUCAGAAGUCCCUUGUAGUGUACAGUUUUUGAUUUUUCCACUGAGCUUCCUAUAAUUUUAUCGAUAGAGUAACGAAAAAUAUAAAAAAUUCGGUAAUUCAAUAAUGAAGCUGUGAAACGUAAUUUUCGAAAUAGAAAUUAGUUCCACAAGAUCUUUAGACAGAAGUGAUGACUAAAUUGCAUGAUUAGCAAUAAUUCAUCCAAAUGGACAAAUAGAUAUGCAGGAUUUUUAAUGGCGAAGCAUAAUUAAUGAAUUCGGUGCAUAUUUAUAAUCAUGGAAUUACCUCGAUACCUAAUUGUUCUAGAAUAAAAUACCCCGUAGCUGUUUAUGUAAUUUAUCUGUCCAUGUGCUGCAUAAUUAGCAAUAGUUCCAUUUUCACAAGUACUUCGUUCCCUUUUCGUUCUUCAUUAUUAUUCUAUCCCUAAUUUUUUUACAACGCAUUUAAUUUUUCGACAAUGAUUUAUAUUCUUCAACACACAAAAUAGUCCUGGGUCAUUGUUUGUGUUCAGAGAUGGGUACUAAAUGCUUGAAAUAAUUGAGUGCAAACAUUUUUCCUGGUUACAUUUAUUUAUAAUUGUAUAAUAAAACGACACGCGUUUUACAAUAAAAACUUAAAAAUUCAGUUGCAAUAUCA